AUGUUGUUGUUGGAAGGGUUGCCAAAGCUGGAGAGUAUCUACUGGAGUCCUCUUCCCUUUCCAUUUUUGAAGCGCAUAGUGAAAAUAGAAUGUCCAAAAAUGAGAAAGUUUCCCUUAAAUGCUACAAGUGUCUCACGAGUUGAUGAGCUUUCAAUAAUAAUGAAGUCUGAAGAGGAAUUUCAGCUUGAAUGGGAGGACGAAGAUACCAAAAACCGUUUCUCGCCUUUAAUCAGUCUGAGAGAUGUAAACACCCUUCAAUCUGGCUCCAUGCUUCCAUCUCCGGUGUUUUCUCUUCCGGUUUCUUGA